AGGCAGAAAAAAGCGGUGAGGAGUCAUUACACGAAUGCACACUGCUCCGGUCUGAUCUUCAACUCGUUAUCAGCUCAUCUCAUCAGUAAAACAUCAUGUCUGGAAGAGGAAAGAGUGGAAAGGCCCGAACCAAGGCAAAGACUCGCUCAUCCCGUGCUGGUCUUCAGUUCCCAGUGGGACGUGUUCACCGAUUUCUUCGAAAGGGCAGCUAUGCACAGAGGGUAGGCGCUGGAGCACCCGUCUACAUGGCUGCAGUAUUGGAGUACCUGACUGCCGAGAUCUUGGAACUCGCCGGUAAUGCUGCUCGUGACAACAAGAAGUCUAGGAUCAUCCCUCGUCACCUUCAGCUCGCCGUACGCAACGACGAGGAACUGAACAAACUCUUGGGUGGUGUGACAAUCGCACAAGGUGGUGUACUGCCAAACAUCCAAGCCGUGUUGCUUCCAAAGAAGACCGCUAAAUCAAGCUAGUUUGCCUCGGCCGGCGAACCCCCAUUUUCAACGGCCCUUAUCAGGGCCA